ACCGUGAUAGGACACUUUCUUCUGCCGAUUUUUCGCCCAGUGAGCGCAGAAUAUAACCCUCUCAAAUUUUCAGUUUCAGUUAUGUCAUCUUCUCCCAGCACUGUGGUUGAUCGCUAGUUGAACCCUAUUGUAUGUAUAGGUUUUAUGAGGGUUUUGUCCCCAAAAAGUGUUGUCUCAUUUGGACAACUACUGUUAGAUUAAAGUUCAGGUAACGUUAACGUAACUGGACUGUUGGACAAUCAUGGCUGACGGAGAAAACGAGGGUAGUACUACAAAAACAUUAAAUUUCAACGUUGGAGUGUUGGGGCAUGUUGAUAGCGGUAAAACGUCUUUGGCUCGAGCACUCAGCAGCACAGCUUCCACUGCUGCUUUUGACAAGAAUCCACAGUCCCGUGAGCGUGGGAUCACGCUAGACUUGGGAUUCAGCUCGUUCAUCGUGGACCUACCGCAGCACCUGGAAGCCGAAUGUCGCCAACGCGGUUAUGACAACCUGCAGUUCACGCUUGUUGACUGCCCAGGUCAUGCAUCCCUCAUCCGCACCAUCAUUGGCGGAGCUCAGAUCAUUGACCUGAUGGUGCUGGUUGUCGAUGUGGUGAAAGGGAUGCAGACACAGACAGCAGAGUGCCUUCUGAUUGGCCAGCUGACCUGCUCACGCAUGCUGGUCAUCCUCAACAAAACAGACCUUUUGCCAAGCAACAAAAGACAGAGUGCCAUUGAAAAGAUGACCAAGAGGAUGCACAAAACUCUGGAGAACACCAGGUUUAAAGACUGCCCUGUCAUAGCUGUGGCAGCUAAGCCUGGAGGUCCUGAGGCUGCAGAUACAGAUGAACCCCAAGGCAUCCCUGAACUGAUAGAGGUACUGAAGCAACUGGCUUUCCUGCCUCAGAGGGACUCCACAGGCCCCCUGCUAAUGGCUGUCGAUCACUGUUUCUCCAUCCGAGGCCAAGGCACCAUCAUGACUGGCACUGUCCUGCAGGGGGCAGUGCACAUCAAUGACACUGUGGAAAUCCCAGCGUUGAAGGUGACUAAGAAGGUGAAGUCCAUGCAGAUGUUCCGGCGGCCGGUGACCAUGGCAAUGCAGGGUGACCGUGUGGGCGUAUGUGUGACGCAGUUCGACCCCAAGCUGUUGGAGCGCGGCGUGGUGUGUCUGCCCGGCUCGCUGCACACCCUCCACGCCGCCCUCGUCCCUGUGAACAAGAUCAGCUACUUCCGUGGAGCGCUGUCCAGCCGUACCAAGUUCCACAUCAGCCUCGGCCACGAGACCGUCAUGGCGCGCGUCUCCUUCUUUGGGUCCUCAGUGGCAGCUCCGGUUGGCCAGGCCGGAGAUGAGUCAGGCACUGGCACCCAACCCGGCGACAAGGCUGCAGUCGAGGAGGGCUUUUGCUUUGACAGGGAGUACUGCCACCAGGAAGAGUACAUCGCUGGUCAGAGUGAGGGCCAGGACCCUGAGCAAUGGGCCCUGCUAGAGUUUGAGAAGCCGGUCACAUGUCCGCCUCACUGUUUGGCGAUUGGCUCGCGGCUGGACACGGACAUCCAUGCCAACACGUGCCGAUUGGCCUUCUACGGGAGGCUCCUGCACGGAAUGGAGGAGAAGAACUAUGCAGAGACCACCCUGCCCCGCCUUCUCAUCAGCAAAGACAAGCAAAGAGAGGGCUCUGUGGAAAGGGUGACCGAUGACUACACUGUGAUUGGCCGGAAUCUGUUUAAGAAGGAGACCAACUUGCAGUUGUUUGUGGGGUUGAAGGUCACACUGUCGUCGGGGGAGUCUGGGGUGAUCGAGGGUGGCUUUGGACAGAGUGGUAAAGUGAAGAUUAGAAUACCAGAGGGGUUGAAAGAGGAGACGAAGCAGCUCCUCUCCUGUGGAAAGAAGAAAGGAAAAGGAGGAAAGGGCGACGCGGUCAAGGAGGAGGAGCCCAAAGGGGACUCUCAGCCUGUUUUAAUCCACCUGCGCUUCAAGAGAUACGUCUUUGACCCCAAGAAGAAGAUGGUCCAGUCCUGACCACUAUAACUGUGAGAGGCCUCAGAACAUUCUGGAACUCUGAAGGUGGCAGUCAGACACUUAAAGAACUGAAGCCAGUCACACAUAUGCACACACACACACACACACCCCACAGGCGUAUGCAUAUGUAAAUCAUUGAGCCAGCACACUACUCCAUACAUUGAACUGGAAUACACAUACAAUAACCAAAGGUCUAAUUUACAUAAAUCACACACACACAUACACACACACAACACACACUAAAAAAUUUAUGUAAUUACUAUUUUCAUGUAAUUAUUAUUCUCAUCAGUUAGUUCAUAGACUGUGACCGUGGCCUCUGCUGAAUGUCAUCUGUGGUAUAUACUGUAUACAUGGUAUAUAUAAACGGUCAAAAGUUUGGGGUCACUUAGAAAUGUACAUUCCACUCCAUUUUAGACAGAAUACCAGCUGAGAUCAGUUGCAUUGUUUUUUUAAUCAGGGC